AUGAUAACCACAGUGUUCGUGGUGGACAGCCAGGCGAGCUACACCCCCUUGCCCAGCAGGAGGCACUUUAGGUGGGGAGGGAUCGGCCCGAGAGCCCUUCAGCUCCUGGUGGGUCUUGCGCUGGUGGGGAUCGUCAUGGAAGCCGGCUUCAUCGUGCACUUGUACAACAGGACAGGGGCCCUCAUCAAUGUUCAAUCCUUUAUCCAGAGGAGUGGCUCAGCUCAGGGUCUGACUGGAUCUGAAGAGACCAAUGAGAUUUUAGUCAAGCCUACGAGGUGGAAAUUCCCACCUGAGAUCCAACAGAAACCCUCAGCACACUUGAUAGGCUCCUCCCUGUCAGUGGGUGAGGAUAGUGUUGUUCAGUGGGAAUCAGACAAGGGCCUGUCUGCCUUCACAGAUCAGAUGGACUACAAAGAUGGCCGCCUGGUAGCACAGAGGAAAGGGCACUACUAUGUCUACUCCAAAGUGCACUUCGUUGAAGACUGCUUUCUGUUCAAACACAAGGUGAUGAGGAUCACCGAGGGUUACAAAAACAAACCACUUGUGUUGAUGAAAGCUAACAGGUUCCAUUGUCCUUCCCAGGAUUCCAGACCGAAAAAGAUUUCUCAUCAGAAUCUUCUGAACAGCUACCUGGGCGGAGUCUUUCGUCUGUUGCCUGGAGACAUCAUCUACGUAACCGUGGACAACGGGACGCUGCUGAGACUUGGAGCUGAAGAUAAUUUCAUGGGGGCAUUCAUGAUUUAGGAGACGUGUAGUGUUUCUCAAUCCUGGUCCUGGGGACCCAAAAGGGUACAAAAACCUGCGGAGGAGUUGAUUACUUGAACUGUGGGAGUACUACAAUCAACAGCACCAGGACCAGGACUGAGAAACACUGGACUGGUACUACAAUCA